AUGCAGCAAUACGGUUACAGCUGGUUCGAGAACCUCCUUACCCAGAACCCUCGCUGGGUUCGCGGCACUGCUACACCUACGACCGUGAUGGGACAGGCCAACAACUCCUACGCUGUCACCUUCACCGGCAGUGUCGGUAUGAUACCCUCGGCUCCUUACAACAUCUCCAUCCCCAAGAAUGGUUUCUUCGUCACCUGGGGCCAGCGCGGCGCCAUCUUGAAGGAUGCUCCCCACAAAGAGGGUGCCAAGCUUCUGCACAACUUCCUACUCAGCGAUGAGUAUCAAAACCCGAACGUCACAGGUUCCUGGAGCGUCCGUCGUGACAUCCCUCCCCCGACUGGUUUCCCCGACCUCAUGGAAAUCAACUCCACCAACCCUAUCGACUUUGAGCGAUUCAUGGCGAACCGCGAGCGUGUUGAGAGACUGAAGCUCUUCUUCGAAGACAAGAUUGGUUCAGCCCAAGGUGUCAGCCCUCUGAUUGACGAUCUGUAA